GCCCGCCCCCUUUACGUCGUGCUCUGAGGAGGCCAGGAGAUUUCUGGCGGCGCCGGCGCCAUUUUGCCGGAGCCUGCGACCGAGUGGGAGUGGAGUGGAGCGGCUGUGGUUGCCGACUCUUUCCUCUUCCCCACGGUCCAGUCAGCGGGUUAAUUAGGCCAUCGGCCCUCGAGCCGAGACUUGUCUCUUAUUUAGUUCUGGGGAGCGCCUCGUCGACAUGAGUGAUGUAGAGGAGAACAACUUCGAGGGCAGAUGAGCGGCCGCGUCUCUGUUGGAACCGGCGGCGUUGCGUCUAUAAAGGCGAAAGCCUUGAGGUUGAAGGUGGGACGAGCCUAAUGAAGUGGUUAAUGUUCGUGAAGAAAUUGAAGAGUUUUUUCCAAGAAUGUGGAAGAUAAAUCAAGAUAAAAGAAGGCUAAUGAAAAGUAUUAAAGAUCAGAAAAUUAAAAUUGAAUGGGGGAAAAAAUUGAACAGAAGAUUGGUCAGAUAGAAGCACUUGAAUUUUUUUUAAGGCUAUUUUGAAUUGUUUGAAUUGGGGAAGAAUACACGAAGUAUGAAAAAUGAAAAACUCAAUGAAGAAUGAAGAGAAGUAGAAAGCAAGAGUGAAGUAGAAUUAAAAGAAUCUGGAAGAAUGAAUGGGUCCUAGGAGUCUCGCUCUCAGUCAAAAUCUCCAACGGGAACUCCUGCUCGUGUAAAAUCGGAGAGCAGGUCAGGAUCUCGUAGUCCAUCAAGGGUUUCCAAACACUCUGAAUCCCAUUCUCGAUCAAGAUCAAAAUCCAGGUCGAGGUCAAGGAGGCAUUCUCAUAGACGUUACACUCGAUCCAGAUCCCACUCUCACUCUCAUAGGAGACGAUCUCGAAGUCGAUCAUACACACCAGAAUACCGGCGGCGAAGGAGCCGAAGCCAUUCUCCAAUGUCUAACCGGAGAAGACAUACUGGCAGCAGGGCAAAUCCAGAUCCCAACACUUGCCUUGGAGUGUUUGGCCUCAGUUUGUACACAACAGAGAGAGAUCUUCGUGAAGUAUUUUCUCGAUAUGGACCAUUGAGUGGUGUCAAUGUGGUUUAUGAUCAGCGAACUGGACGAUCUCGAGGAUUUGCAUUUGUGUAUUUUGAGAGAAUAGAUGACUCAAAGGAGGCUAUGGAAAGGGCAAAUGGAAUGGAGCUGGAUGGUAGAAGAAUUCGGGUGGAUUAUUCUAUCACCAAGAGAGCACACACACCAACACCAGGCAUCUACAUGGGCAGACCAACUCAUAGUGGUGGUGGUGGUGGAGGAGGAGGCGGUGGUGGAGGUGGAGGUGGUGGCAGACGUCGAGAUUCUUACUAUGAUAGAGGAUAUGAUCGUGGGUAUGACAGAUAUGAAGACUAUGAUUACCGGUACAGACGAUCACCUUCUCCUUAUUAUAGUCGAUACAGAUCACGAUCAAGAUCUCGUUCCUACAGCCCAAGACGCUAUUGAUAACGGAAUGGUUGUAAUUAAGGACAUUUUUUUCCUCUGUUUUCUUUUUUUCUUUUUUUCCUGAGACUUCCCCAAGCUUUGGAUUCUUCCUACUCCUUAAGAAAAAAAAUCUUUGAUUUAGCAUCUACACUUUUGUCAAUUGUGUUGCUGUUUUCCACCCCUUUUAAUUAUACUCUUAAAGAUGUAAUUGUUAUCAUUUUGAGCAGUUAAACAUCUUGAGUAUAAAAAGAACCCUAAUGUUAUGCUUUGUAAUUUUUUUUUUUUUUUUUUUUUUGCUUUUACCUAAACUUCUAACUAAUCAAAUAAGGAAAGAAACUGUCUUUUUAAAGCUUAUUUUGUGUUAGAUACUGUAUUAGAGAUCUGCAUUUAUCAUGAACUCCUUUUUUUAACUUUAUUUUCAGGAAAGUAACACAUGAAGUAGUUCAGUCGUGUCAGGAUUGUCUGGGGUGGAAUGGAACAGUCAAGUAGUUGAAAGUUUUUUUUUUAGAGAUGGAAAGUUUGUGAACUCCUGUAAAACAUGCUGUAUUUGAAAUACAUCUGUUAAAACUUAAAAACUAAAGUGUGAUUUUUUUGUUGUUAUUGUUAAAUUUAUUGACGUUUAGUCCCUUAAUCAGUGAAGGACAACCCUUAUUUAUUACCUACAGCAGUUGUAUAAUUUGCUGUUAGAAAUUCUGAUAUUGGGACAGUGGAUAAGCAGGUUAUCAUAUAGCAUAGAAUUCUUGAAAGAUACAUGUGGGGAAAAGUAGUCUCAAAUAAAAGCUAAUUUCUUUGAAAA